AUGAUAUACGAAAGCAUAAUUAGCCCAGGUAAAGGAUUGGGCAAUUCCAUUAAAUUAGGAGGAUCAAUGUAUGAAAUUAUACAACAUUUAGAUAAAUUUAAAUAUAAAUUUAGAAUCAGUUAUAAUCCAACCAAAUUCUAUGAAAAUCCAAUUAUUGUGACUAUAAUUGAUUUGAAUAUUAGGUUAACUUUUAAUAAUCAACGUGAUCAGACUUUGGAAUUGAUAGAGGUUUUAGAUAUGAAUCGAAGUGGAGGAGGAGGAGGUGGUGGUGAGACAGGAGGGGGGUUGAGAUUGAUAUAUAAUGGACAUAAUUUGAAUGAGGUUGAGAUGCCCGUGAAUGGAUUAGAAACGACUUUGUCAUCUGCAAGUACGGUAGGAACUGAGAAUAGUGGAGGGAAUAAUAAUAAUUCGGGCAUUUCAUCCUUAACUAGUUCGAGAUCAACUUAUAAUACACAAUUAUCAAGUAUCGGACCCAAUUUCAAAUUGAUUUAUAAUAAGAUAUUUGGACCCACAUAUCCUGGGAAAUUAAAUGGGGCGAAAGAUGGAUAUAUUUUAUCAUAUCCGGGGAUUUCUUUCAAAUUCCGGAUAUUGAACGAGGAAUUAUUGAAUAAUAUUCGGGAUUUAGGUGAUGAGAGACAACAGGUAUUGAGUGCUUUGCUUAAUUGGGAUAACCCAUAUGACGUGACUUGUGAUUCUAUUGCGUUGCAUAAAGGGAAUUCUUGGGAGGAUUAUGUGGCCAAUAGAACAAAUGAAAGAGGUGGAGGUGAUGGUGGGAAUGAAAUUGAGAAUGUAGUAAUAAAUCUAGAUGAGGGUACGAUAACCAUCCAAAAGGCAGAUAAAAAGGAGAAUAUCAUCCAGAUUGGCAAAUCUACUCAACAAGAUGUUAUAAAUAUCCUAGGUCCUCCGGAAGAUUAUUUCAAUAAAUUUGAUUCUCGAUUAUUGAUUCAUAAUCAUUUAUCAAAUAUCGAACGAGAGAAUUCCGAGAAUGAUAUAAGUCAUUGCAAAUUCCAUAAUUAUUACAAAUAUGGAAUUGAUAUCUUAUACAAUAUAACCAAUUCCAAUAAUCAAAACAAAAUGAAUAAUUCAGUUAAGAAAGUAAUAAUUCAUAAUGGGGGGAUUACUGAGGGGUUAAAUUUCAUGAGAUGGAAUAGAUGUAAUUGGGAAAUCGAAUCUUCUGACGGAUCGAUCCAAUUCAAUUCCAGAAUGUAUUUUGAUGAAUUACCCCAAAUUUUCCAUGAGAAUACUACCCCAGUAUUAUUGAAUAGGAAUGAAUCGGAAUUUAUAGAUAAUGAUUUAGAUAUUAUUGAACUGCCCAAUCGAGGAGAAGAUGGGAUGGAGAUGGAAAGGGAUAGAUUAGCCGAUGACGAACAAGUGAAAACAUGGGGACAAUCGAAAUUAUAUGGGAUUGAUAGAUGUAUUUUAGAGGUGAUCAAUUCUAAUGGUUGUAUUUCAUCAGUUACUAUUUAUUAA